AGGAGGAGGAUUAAAGAUGGCCACCAGCAGCUGCGGGAGACGGCCACCAGCCCUCACUUUCCGGGAUGUUCCCCGCGGCCCGGCCCGGCUUUGAUGGAGAGGAGCAGCCCGUGCAGCGCCGAGGCUGAGGCGGCGGCGGGGACCCGGCGAGGGAGAAGACGCGGCGGAGCAGGGACCCGGGCGGGAGAAGGGAGCGGCGGCGGCGUCGCUGCCCCGGCCGCCUAGCACGGCUGCCGCCCCGGCCCCGCAGCUCGCGGACUGCAGCGGGCGCUCGGCCCCGGCCCGGCCUGGGGGCGCUCCCGGGCCCCGCGCCCCGGCCCGCGCGUCCGCGGUGUAGUAACACUUCUCGACAUCUGCUUCAGGAAGAAGGUGCCUGUCAUUCCUGUCUCUGCAGAUUCAUGCCAGCCCAGCACACAGCAUCAGUUGGAACCCCGUUUUCAGUUCCUGAGUGAAGUGCCGUCCGUGGAUGGGACCCACUGUGCUCACACACUCAGAACAAGCUGUCCAAGGAAUGCCCUAAAGAAACAGCAGUGUGUUUCACCCACCAGCCAAGAUGAACAUGGUGAAGAGGAUCAUGGGACGGCCUCGGCAGGAGGAGUGUAGCCCGCAGGACAACGCCUUGGGCCUGAUGCACCUCCGCCGGCUCUUCACCGAGCUGUGCCACCCUCCCAGGCACAUGACCCAGAAGGAGCAGGAGGAGAAGCUAUACAUGAUGUUGCCAGUGUUUAACAGGGUUUUUGGAAAUGCUCCUCCAAAUACAAUGACAGAGAAAUUUUCUGACCUUCUGCAGUUCACAACUCAAGUCUCCCGACUAAUGGUGACGGAGAUCCGGCGGAGGGCUUCAAACAAAUCCACAGAGGCUGCGAGUCGGGCCAUAGUCCAGUUCCUGGAGAUCAAUCAGAGUGAAGAAGCCAGUAGAGGCUGGAUGCUCCUAACAACAAUUAACCUGCUGGCAUCCUCUGGUCAGAAAACCGUGGACUGCAUGACAACGAUGUCAGUGCCUUCCACCCUGGUUAAAUGUCUGUAUCUGUUCUUUGACCUUCCACAUGUGCCUGAGGCAGGUGGAGGCGCACAGAACGAGCUACCUCUAGCAGAGCGCCGCGGACUACUCCAGAAAGCUUUUGUACAGAUCUUAGUAAAACUCUGCAGUUUCGUUUCUCCGGCGGAGGAGCUGGCACAGAAGGACGACCUACAGCUUUUAUUCAGUGCAAUAACCUCUUGGUGCCCUCCCUAUAACCUGCCGUGGAGGAAGAGUGCGGGGGAGGUCCUCAUGACCAUCUCCCGCCACGGGCUGAGCGUGAACGUGGUGAAGUAUAUUCACGAAAAAGAAUGUUUGUCUACGUGUGUUCAGAAUAUGCAGCAAUCAGAUGACCUGUCUCCCCUCGAAAUUGUUGAAAUGUUUGCGGGACUUUCUUGUUUCCUCAAAGACUCCAGUGAUGUCUCACAAACACUGCUGGAUGAUUUUCGGAUAUGGCAAGGAUAUAGCUUUCUUUGUGACCUCUUGCUCAGAUUGGAACAAGGGAAAGAGGCAGAGUGCAGAGAUGCCUUGAAGGAUCUGGUGAGUCUGGUGACGUCUCUGACCACGUAUGGGGUCAGCGAGCUGAAACCGGCCGGUGUCACCACAGGGGCCCCCUUCCUCUUGCCCGGAUUUGCAGUACCUCAGCCAGCAGGCAAAGGACACAGUGUAAGAAACAUCCAGGCCUUUGCAGUUCUCCAGAAUGCGUUUUUAAAAGCAAAGACCAACUUCCUUGCCCAAAUCAUCCUCGACGCCAUCACAAACAUUUACAUGGCCGACAACGCUAAUUACUUCAUCCUGGAGUCCCAGCAUACCCUAUCACAGUUUGCAGAGAAGAUCUCUAAACUCCCGGAAGUACAGAACAAAUACUUCGAGAUGCUGGAGUUUGUUGUUUUUAGCCUGAAUUAUAUCCCCUGUAAAGAACUCAUUAGCGUCAGCAUCCUGUUAAAGUCCGGCUCUUCUUACCACUGUAGCAUCAUUGCAAUGAAAACCCUCCUGAAGUUUACAAGGCACGACUACAUAUUUAAAGAUGUCUUCAGGGAGGUGGGCCUGCUGGAGGUCAUGGUAAACCUUCUGCAUAAGUAUGCUGCCCUCCUGAAGGAUCCAGCUCAGGCACUCAGUGAGCAAGGGGACUCAAGAAACAAUAGUUCAGUUGAAGACCAAAAACACUUGGCUCUGUUGGUGAUGGAGGCCUUAACCGUGCUGCUUCAAGGGUCCAACACAAAUGCAGGAAUAUUCCGAGAGUUUGGCGGUGCAAGGUGUGCCCACAAUAUAGUGAAAUACCCACAGUGCCGGCAGCACGCCCUGAUGACCAUCCAGCAACUGGUGCUCUCUCCCAAUGGGGAGGACGACAUGGGUACUCUCCUGGGGCUCAUGCAUUCAGCCCCACCCACCGAGCUGCAGCUGAAGACCGACAUCUUAAGGGCCCUGCUGUCUGUCCUUCGAGAAAGCCACCGUUCCAGAACAGUCUUCAGGAAAGUUGGAGGGUUUGUGUACAUUACAUCCUUGCUCGUUGCCAUGGAGAGGUCGUUGAGCUCCCCUCCCAAGAACGGCUGGGAGAAAGUGAACCAGAAUCAGGUGUUCGAGCUCCUGCACACUGUGUUCUGCACACUGACGGCAGCCCUGCGCUACGAGCCAGCCAACUCGCACUUCUUCAAGACCGAGAUCCAGUAUGAAAAGCUGGCGGACGCUGUCCGGUUUCUUGGCUGCUUCUCAGACCUCAGGAAAAUAAGUGCCGUGAAUGUCUUCCCGUCAAACACACAGCCUUUCCAGAGACUGCUGGAGGAAGGGGCGGUGUCCGUGGACUCUGUGUCACCGACCCUGCGGCACUGCAGUAAACUCUUUAUCUAUCUCUACAAAGUGGCCACAGAUUCCUUCGACAGUCAUGCAGAGCAGAUCCCUCCUUGCCUGACAAGUGAGUCUUCUCUCCCCUCUCCCUGGGGAACACCAGCUUUGUCCAGGAAAAGGCAUGCAUUUCAUUGCGUCUCAACUCCCCCGGUGUAUCCUUCGAAAAACGUCACUGACCUGAAGCUUCAGGUGACAAGCUCACCUCUGCAGAGCUCCGAUGCUGUCAUUAUCCACCCUGGAGCCAUGUUAGCCAUGCUCGACCUGCUGGCCUCUGUGGGCUCAGUGACACAGCCAGAACAUGCUUUGGACCUUCAACUUGCCGUGGCCAACAUUUUACAAUCGCUCGUGCACACGGAGAGGAACCAGCAGGUCAUGUGUGAAGCGGGUCUUCAUGCACGGCUGCUGCAGAGGUGCGGCGCAGCGCUGGCUGAUGAGGACCACUCCCUGCACCCACCCCUACAGCGCAUGUUUGAACGGUUAGCCUCCCAGGCCUUGGAGCCCAUGGUGCUGAGGGAGUUCUUGCGUUUGGCAAGCCCUUUGAAUUGUGGAGCCUGGGACAAGAAGCUGCUGAAGCAAUACAGGGUUCACAAGCCGAGUUCGCUGAGCUUCGAGCCGGAGAUGAGAAGUAGCGUGGUCACCUCUCUGGAAGGCCUGGGCUCUGACAAUGUUUUCAGCUCACAUGAAGAUAACCAUUACCGGAUAAGCAAAAGCCUGGUGAAGUCCGCAGAGGGAAGCACUGUGCCCUUGACCAGGGUCAAGUGUCUGGUCUCCAUGACAACCCCUCAUGACAUCAGACUUCACGGGUCAUCGGUUACUCCGGCUUUCGUUGAAUUUGACACAUCCCUUGAAGGCUUUGGCUGCCUGUUUCUGCCCAGCUUGGCUCCCCAUAACGCCCCUACCAAUAACGCCGUCACAACGGGUCUCACCGACGGGGCCGUGGUCAGCGGCAUGGGCUCUGGUGAGAGGUUCUUCCCCCCACCCUCUGGCCUGAGCUAUUCCUGCUGGUUCUGCAUCGAACACUUCAGCUCUCCACCAAACAACCACCCCGUCAGACUCCUCACUGUUGUGCGGCGAGCGAAUUCAUCCGAGCAGCAUUAUGUGUGCCUUGCCAUAGUUCUGUCUGCAAAAGACCGGUCCUUAAUUGUUUCCACUAAGGAGGAGCUACUCCAAAAUUAUGUUGAUGAUUUCAGUGAAGAGUCCUCUUUCUAUGAGAUCCUCCCAUGCUGCGCUCGCUUUCGGUGUGGAGAGCUGGUAGUGGAGGGACAGUGGCACCACCUGGCUCUGCUCAUGAGCAGAGGCAUGCUGAAGAACAGCACUGCGGCCCUCUACCUCGACGGGCAACUGGUCAACACCGUCAAGCUGCAUUAUGUCCACAGCACCCCUGGGGGCUCAGGCUCUGCAAACCCCCCAGUGCUGAGCACAGUCUACGCCUACGUCGGCACUCCACCUGCGCAGCGCCAGAUCGCCUCACUGGUCUGGCGCCUGGGGCCCACUCAUUUUCUGGAAGAGGUUUUACCUCCUUCUAGCGUGACUACUAUUUAUGAACUGGGACCAAACUAUGUUGGAAGCUUUCAGGCUGUCUGCGUGCCAUGUAAAGAUGCAAAGUCGGAAGGUGUCACCCCGUCCCCUGUGUCUCUGGUCGCAGAGGAAAAGGUGUCCUUCGGACUCUACGCUCUGUCUGUGUCCUCCCUAACGGUGGCGAGAAUCCGGAAAGUCUACAACAAGUUAGACAGCAAAGCCAUUGCGAAGCAGUUAGGCAUUUCCUCCCACGAGAACGCCACUCCCGUGAAGCUGGUUCACAACGCAGCAGGCCAUCUCAAUGGGCCGGCUCGCACUAUCGGGGCUGCUCUCAUUGGAUACUUGGGAGUAAGAACGUUUGUCCCUAAGCCUGUCGCCACUACGUUGCAGUACAUUGGAGGAGCUGCAGCCAUCCUUGGCCUAGUGGCCAUGGCCUCUGAUGUGGAAGGCUUGUAUGCAGCAGUCAAGGCCCUGGUCUGUGUGGUCAAGAGCAACCCGCUAGCCAGCAAGGAGAUGGAAAGGAUCAAGGGGUACCAGCUGCUGGCAAUGCUGCUUAAGAAGAAGCGCUCCCUCCUCAACAGCCACAUCCUCCACCUGACGUUCUCCUUGGUGGGGACUGUUGACAGUGGCCAUGAGACAUCCAUUAUUCCCAAUUCCACCGCUUUCCAGGACCUACUUUGUGAUUUUGAAGUCUGGCUUCACGCACCGUAUGAGCUCCAUCUCUCCUUAUUUGAACACUUCAUAGAACUGCUCACAGAGUCCAGUGAGGCUUCCAAGAAUGCCAAGUUGAUGAGGGAAUUUCAGCUCAUCCCCAAGCUGCUCCUGACGCUUCGAGACAUGUCCUUGUCCCAGCCCACCAUCGCUGCUAUUAGUAACGUGCUGAGCUUCCUGCUGCAGGGCUUCCCGAACAGCAACGAUCUGCUCAGGUUUGGCCAAUUCAUUUCUUCUACUUUGCCCACCUUUGCUGUUUGUGAGAAAUUUGUGGUUAUGGAAAUAAAUAAUGAAGAGAAACCGGACACGGGUGAGUUGGCCAGAGGAGGUCAUCAGUUCAUGUUCUGCCCUGUGACACAUACUGCAGUCACCAUCGUAGAUCACAGAGUUUGUGGCCAGCUUGGAGUUUACCUUCCUCCUCUAGUGGUGUGCCGAGUGCCUUCCUAUAUCAUAGUCAGUAGGGGCAAAGGCUCAAGUUAUACUAAUGGUGCAGGAAAAACAUUUCUCUAUCCUCCAUACAUUUUUGUGGCCAUUCAGUUCAAUAACCCCAGUAGUGUUGUAGAUUCUCAAUGGGCUUGUGAAGAGCUGGUCAGGACACUGGGUUUCGACUGGAUCAUGAUGUUCAUGGAAGAGCACUUGCAUCCCACCACAGUCACGGCCGCCAUGAGGAUUCUCGUUGUCCUGCUGAGUAACCAGUCCAUUCUCAUCAAGUUUAAAGAGGGACUCAGUGGCGGGGGCUGGCUGGAGCAGACAGAUUCCGUCCUGACAAACAAGAUCGGAACUGUGUUAGGAUUCAAUGUGGGCAGGAGUGCCGGAGGGAGAUCCACGGUCAGGGAGAUUAACCGGGACGCCUGCCAUUUUCCCGGUUUUCUGGUUCUCCAGUCUUUCCUCCCUAAGCACACGAAUGUCCCUGCCCUCUAUUUUCUCCUUAUGGCCUUGUUUCUGCAACAGCCAGUGAGCGAGCUGCCCGAGAACCUGCAGGUCAGUGUGCCUGUCACCAGCAGCCGAUGUAAGCAGGGUUGCCAGUUUGAUCUGGAUUCCAUCUGGACAUUUAUCUUUGGUGUCCCUGCCUCCAGCGGAACGGUGGUCUCUUCCAUCCACAAUGUGUGCACAGAGUCUGCCUUCCUGCUGCUCGGGAUGCUGCGCAGCAUGCUGAACUCGCCAUGGCAGUCGGAAGAGGAGGGCUCGUGGCUCCGAGAGUAUCCAGUGACCCUGAUGCAGUUCUUUAGGUACCUGUAUCACAACGUCCCAGACCUCGCCUCCAUGUGGCUGAGCCCCGACUUCCUGUGUGCCUUAGCAGCCACCGUCUUUCCCUUCAACAUCCGCCCGUACUCAGAGAUGGUGACAGAUCUGGAUGAUGAGGUCGGGUCUCCAGCAGAAGAGUUUAAAGCCUUCGCCGCAGACACGGGGAUGAACAGGAGCCAGUCCGAGUACUGCAAUGUGGGCACCAAGACCUAUCUGACCAAUCACCCGGCUAAGAAGUUCGUCUUUGACUUCAUGCGGGUCUUGAUCAUCGACAACCUCUGUCUCACCCCAGCCAGCAAGCAGACGCCACUGAUCGAUCUGUUGUUGGAGGCUUCCCCUGAGAGAUCUACAAGAACUCAGCAGAAAGAGUUCCAGACGCACGUUCUGGACAGUGUGAUGGAUCACUUGCUGGCGGCUGAUGUGUUAUUGGGGGAAGAUGCAUCUCUGCCUAUUACCAGUGGAGGGAGCUACCAGGUAUUGGUGAACAACGUGUUUUACUUCACACAACGCGUGGUGGACAAGCUUUGGCAAGGCAUGUUCAACAAAGAAUCUAAACUUCUUAUAGAUUUUAUCAUUCAACUCAUCGCACAGUCGAAGAGACGGUCACAGGGCUUGUCGCUGGAUGCAGUGUAUCACUGCCUCAAUCGGACCAUCUUGUACCAGUUCUCCCGCGCGCACAAAACUGUCCCCCAGCAAGUUGCCCUUCUGGAUUCACUCCGGGUGCUUACUGUGAACCGGAACUUAAUCCUGGGACCAGGAAACCAUGACCAGGAAUUCAUUAGCUGUCUUGCUCACUGCCUGAUUAAUCUACAUGCUGGAAGCAGUGUGGAAGGAUUUGGACUGGAAGCCGAGGCUCGCAUGACCACGUGGCACAUCAUGAUUCCCUCGGACAUCGAACCAGACGGUGGCUACAGCCAAGACAUCAGUGAAGGGCGCCAGCUUCUCAUUAAAGCCGUCAACAGAGUCUGGACCGAGCUGAUCCACAGUAAGAAACAAGUCCUGGAGGACCUCUUCAAGGUCAGCCUGCCUGUGAACGACAGGGGCCAUGUGGACAUAGCCCUGGCCCGGCCGCUCAUCGAAGAGGCUGGUCUGAAAUGCUGGCAGAAUCAUUUGGCCCACGAGAAGAAAUGCAUAAGUCGGGGAGAAGCCUUGGUGCCCACCACACAAUCCAAACUGUCCCGGGUCAGCAGCGGCUUUGGUCUGUCCAAGCUAACAGGCUCGAGAAGGAACCGGAAGGAGAGUGGCCUCCAUAAGCACAGCCCUUCCCCGCAGGAGAUAUCCCAGUGGAUGUUCACACACAUCGCUGUUGUGCGUGACCUGGUGGACACACAGUACAAGGAGUACCAGGAGCGUCAGCAGAACGCCCUGAAGUAUGUGACCGAGGAGUGGUGUCAGAUCGAGUGUGAACUGCUGCGGGAGCGGGGGCUGUGGGGCCCCCCCAUCGGCUCCCACCUAGACAAGUGGAUGCUGGAGAUGACGGAGGGGCCCUGCAGAAUGCGCAAGAAAAUGGUGCGCAAUGACAUGUUCUACAACCACUAUCCCUAUGUGCCGGAGACGGAGCAGGAAGCCAGCGUGGGGUCUGAGGUCCCAAGUAAACCACCCGAGCCACCCGAUGAUGUCAUUGCUCAGAAGAAACCCGCUCGGUACCGUCGAGCUGUAAGCUAUGACAGUAAAGAGUACUACCUCCGCCUGGCCUCUGGAAACCCAGCCAUCAUUCAGGAUGCCAUCGUCGAGAGCUCAGAAGGCGAAGCCACCCAGCAAGAACCCGAGCAUGGGGAAGACACCAUUGCCAAGGUCAAAGGCCUCGUGAAGCCUCCCCUGAAGCGCUCUCGGUCCGCACCUGAUGGAGGAGAUGAGGAGACCCAGGAGCAGCUCCAAGACCAGAUUGCUGAGAGCGGCUCCAUAGAGGAGGAGGAGAAAACAGACAACGCCACCUUGCUGCGCCUGCUGGAGGAGGGAGAGAAGAUCCAGCACAUGUACCGCUGUGCACGAGUCCAGGGCCUGGACACCAGUGAGGGGCUGCUUCUCUUUGGUAAAGAGCAUUUCUAUGUGAUCGAUGGAUUCACCAUGACUGCGACCAGGGAAAUAAGGGACAUUGAAACCUUACCUCCAAACAUGCACGAACCGAUUAUCCCCCGAGGUGCCAGGCAAGGCCCCAGCCAACUCAAGAGGACCUGCAGCAUCUUUGCGUAUGAAGACAUCAAGGAGGUGCAUAAAAGGAGAUACCUCCUCCAGCCUAUCGCUGUUGAAGUUUUCUCUGGAGAUGGACGGAAUUACCUCUUGGCUUUUCAAAAGGGAAUUCGGAAUAAAGUCUACCAAAGGUUCCUGGCAGUUGUACCCUCUCUCACGGACAGCUCAGAGUCUGUGUCUGGGCAGAGACCAAACACCAGCGUGGAACAAGGGUCUGGGUUAUUGAGUACUCUGGUUGGAGAGAAGUCUGUGACUCAGAGAUGGGAGAGAGGUGAAAUCAGCAAUUUCCAGUAUUUGAUGCACUUGAACACACUGGCGGGCAGAUCCUACAACGACCUCAUGCAGUACCCCGUCUUCCCAUGGAUCCUCUCGGACUACGACUCUGAGGAAGUUGACCUCACUAACCCCAAGACAUUCAGAAACCUGGCCAAGCCGAUGGGCGCGCAGACGGACGAGCGGCUGGCCCAGUACAAGAAGCGCUACAAGGACUGGGAAGAUCCCAAUGGGGAGACCCCAGCGUACCACUACGGCACCCACUACUCAUCUGCAAUGAUCGUGGCCUCGUAUCUUGUAAGAAUGGAGCCUUUCACACAGAUAUUCUUACGGCUUCAGGGCGGCCACUUUGACCUGGCAGACCGGAUGUUCCACAGUGUCCGAGAGGCCUGGUACUCAGCAUCAAAGCACAACAUGGCGGACGUGAAGGAACUUAUCCCAGAAUUCUUUUACUUGCCAGAAUUCCUGUUCAACUCUAACAACUUUGAUCUCGGCUGUAAACAAAACGGCACCAAGCUUGGAGAUGUUAUUCUUCCACCCUGGGCAAAGGGGGACCCGCGCGAGUUCAUCCGAGUCCACCGUGAGGCUCUGGAGUGUGAUUACGUGAGUGCCCACCUGCACGAGUGGAUCGACCUGAUCUUUGGCUAUAAGCAGCAGGGCCCCGCCGCUGUAGAAGCUGUGAAUGUCUUCCAUCACCUUUUUUAUGAGGGGCAAGUGGAUAUCUACAACAUCAACGACCCGCUGAAGGAGACAGCCACCAUCGGCUUCAUUAACAACUUCGGCCAGAUCCCUAAGCAGUUGUUUAAAAAGCCUCACCCACCAAAGCGCGUGCGGAGCCGGCUGAACGGAGACAACAUAGGCGUCUCUGUCCCACCAGGAGCCACAAGUGACAAGAUCUUUUUCCAUCACCUAGACAACCUGAGGCCUUCCCUAACGCCCGUGAAAGAACUCAAAGAGCCUGUGGGGCAAAUCGUGUGCACAGAUAAAGGCAUUCUCGCUGUGGAGCAGAACAAGGUGCUCAUCCCGCCCGCGUGGAACAAGACCUUCGCCUGGGGCUAUGCAGACCUCAGCUGCCGACUGGGGACCUACGAGUCAGAUAAGGCAGUGACUGUUUAUGAGUGUUUGUCUGAAUGGGGCCAGAUCCUCUGCGCGGUUUGCCCCAACCCCAAGCUCGUCAUCACCGGUGGGACAAGCACCGUGGUGUGUGUCUGGGAGAUGGGCACCUCCAAAGAAAAGGCCAAGCCCCUCACGCUCAAGCAGGCUCUACUUGGCCACACUGAUACUGUCACCUGUGCCACAGCAUCCCUGGCCUACCACAUAAUUGUCAGCGGGUCCCGAGACCGAACCUGCAUCAUCUGGGACCUGAACAAACUGUCAUUCCUAACCCAGCUCCGCGGCCACCGAGCUCCCGUCUCCGCUCUUUGCAUUAAUGAGCUAACAGGGGACAUUGUGUCCUGUGCUGGCACGUACAUCCAUGUGUGGAGCAUCAACGGGAACCCCAUCGUGAGUGUGAACACAUUCACAGGCCGGAGCCAGCAGAUUGUCUGCUGCUGCGUGUCCGAGAUGAACGAGUGGGACACGCAGAAUGUCAUCGUGACAGGACACUCGGAUGGAGUCGUCCGGUUCUGGAGAAUGGAAUUCCUGCAGGUUCCUGAAACACCAGCUCCUGAGCCUGUGGAAGACUUGGAGAUGCAGGAGGGCUGCCCGGAAGCACAGAUAGGGCAGCAAGUCCAAGAUGAAGACAGCAGUGAUUCUGAAACAGAAGAGGCCAGUGUCAGCCAGGAUCCCAAGGACACGUCGAGCCAGCCCAGCAGCACCAGCCACAGGCCGCGGGCAGCCUCCUGCAGGGCCACUGCCACGUGGUGUACCGACAGCGGCUCUGACGACUCCAGGCGCUGGUCCGACCAGCUCAGUCUAGAUGAGAAAGAUGGCUUCAUAUUUGUGAACUACUCUGAGGGCCAGACCAGAGCACAUCUGCAGGGCCCCCUCGCCCACCCGCAUCCCAACCCCAUCGAAGCUCGAAGUUACAGCAGAUUGAAACCUGGGUACCGGUGGGAGCGGCAGCUGGUGUUCAGAAGCAAACUGACUAUGCAUACAGCCUUUGAUCGAAAGGACAACACGCACCCAGCCGAGGUCACUGCAUUGGGUGUCUCCAAGGAUCACAGCAGGAUCCUCGUGGGUGACAGUCGAGGCCGAGUGUUCAGCUGGUCCGUGAGUGACCAGCCUGGCCGUUCGGCCGCUGACCACUGGGUGAAGGAUGAAGGCGGUGACAGCUGCUCGGGGUGCUCCGUGCGCUUCUCCCUCACAGAGCGAAGGCACCAUUGCAGGAACUGUGGGCAGCUCUUCUGUCAGAAGUGCAGUCGGUUUCAGUCAGAAAUCAAGCGCCUGAAAAUCUCGUCCCCAGUGCGUGUCUGUCAGAACUGUUACUAUAGCUUGCAGCAUGAGAGGGGGGCAGAAGAUGGACCUCGGAACUGCUGAGAUGGAGGGACUGGUGAGAGACCACAGCCUGUCGGGUCCAGAGGCAUUGAAGCAGUCUCCGUUCACACAGCUCUUCACUGAGUGUGGGAAGUGCUGAGUGUAAAGGAAUCAUUGGAUCACAGGUUCCGAGGCCAGUGACCAGCAUGGGUACUGUGAAGUGAACAGCACAAGAGGAACGCAAGGUGGCUCCCAGGAGCGUCUCAGACCUGAGUCUCCCCUAGCAUAGCUGUCUCCAAGAGCAAACCCUGUGCUCCCCAGCUGUCUUUCUUGCAUCUCAUUUUUAUAGAGCUAUUCAUCCUUAUUUGGAAAAAUUAACAAAAACUUUAAAAAAAAAAAAAGGCUUCUAGAAAAAUGGUUGUAAAUCUGACUUCUUUACAAGGAGCUGUGUAUAUUGUAAAUAGGUAUAAAGGCCUUUUUUUUUCUAAAUAAGGACCUAAUUGCCUGUAACAUGAGACUUCAAACUAAGCCACUAACUCAAUGAACUAUCUGAGGUCUGUCUAACGUCUCUCAAUUAUAAAUGUGGGUUUUUUUUUAUAUCCUCAAAGACAUUAUCUGUACUAUUUUUUUCUUGUUCAGACCAAGCCUGUGUGCCUGAUAUCAUUUCUUUCAAGUUGCCCACAGUGUCUCCACUUAAAAUAGGCUAGUAACCAAAACGAUGUAGCCCUGCUUUAGGGGCCAGCAUGGGAGAAGAGGUCUGCUCCUAAGGUAAUGUGUAAAUAACCAAGGUCUGAGGCUGUGUACCGCUACAGGGUUACAGUUCUGUGGCAGCACCAGUGUGUACCGCUACAGGGUUACAGUUCUGUGGCAGCACCAGUCUGAGGCUAUAGACCUACA